AGUAAUCAUUAAUCACACUGUGAUCAUUGUUAGUUGUUAUGUACUUAAUAUUUUCCAAUCACGAUGCUUACUAAUAAUUAUUACUCAUUUGUCAUUACUCAUUAGUAGUUCCACGUGGUUUUUUGCACGUCCAUGUUUUACGUUGUGCUCAGUGGAAAACUGCAUAUUUUCUACUAAACGUUGCUGCCACUUCUUUACGAGAGACUCGUGCUGGAGAGUUACUAGAACGUGUCAUCGACCAUUGACGUUCCUCAAAUUUCGAUUACCAAAAUAUGCAGGCUGCAGGCACAUCCUCGACGGCGUAUUGCCAAACUGAGAAAGGCGCUAAGAAGUCCAAAGAUGAAAAGAGACAGUCUAAAGAGUAUGAAGUGGAAAAAAUAAUUUUCCAUGAAGUUUUACCCGAUGCAACUGUUUAUCUAGUCAAAUGGAAACAUUGUGCUGAGGAACAAUGUACAUGGGAGCCAGAAGAAAAUUUGGAAAAUUGCGAGAAAAUCUUGUUAAGAUAUAAAACAAUUGGUUGUUAAAAAAAAAAAAAGAAGAAAAAAGUAUGCUAUCCCAUUUAUUUAGUUACUGUCAAUUGUAUUAUUUAUCUUUAAAAUAAAUAUUGAUAUGCAAAAUGUAAAA